AUGAGCCGCUCUCCGACCCGGCGUCGCUCCGGCGAAAUCGCGCCUGCCGUCGACAAGGUCAACCCCACCGAGACUCGCAGCAUCACCUUCGAGUGGCCUUUGCAUGACCUCAAGGAGCACUUUGACUCUUCCAAGUCCGACACAAAGUCCAAGGUGAUCAGAUCCGUCCCUUUUGGUGGUGGCAGAUGGACCGUCUUCUUCUAUGCGCAGUCGGGCCUCCAGCAGUUCUGCUCGCUCUACCUCAAUGCCGAGCCGCUGCCCGAAGAACGCAACUGCAACAAGUCGCCCUGGGAGACUCUCCUCUCCUCCAACAGCCCCGACCGUUCCCACACCUCGCACCAGGACAAGGCCGUAGCUAGUCGUAACGAUGGCUGGUCUCGUCAAGGCCUCUUCCGCUUCACCUUCAAGAUCCUCACGCUCAACACUGGCGCCGUCUUGGCAACCAAAGAGGCGUGCGAUCACGCCUUCAGCCACAAGACUUCCAACUGGGGAUGGGCUCAAUUCUCCUCGCGCGACACCGUCUUCUACAACAAUGCAGAGGUCCAGCAGUCCAACGCCUUCCUCAUCUCGGUCACCAUCACCGCCAAUCCUGAACGCCCUCGCCCGCUCACCGUGGGUGUGUCGGUGCCACCGGCGCUCGUCGAGGCCAUGGGCUCGCUCCUCGACGAUCCUGAUCACAGCGACGUCGUCUUUGUCAUCCGUCGCAAGCGGCGCCAUCCCGCCACGGGCGUCAUCGUCACGCGCGAGCGUCGCAUCUACGCCAUCAAAAAGAUCCUCGCCUCUCGCUGCGAGUACUUUCGAGACAUGUUCGACAGCGGCUUCCUCGAGGCAGACGCCACCGCCAGCUCUUCCGACGACGAGAUGCAAGACCAGCCCACUUUCGCUCCGCCAUCGUCCCGAGGCCUCGGCCAAGACCAGCUGGGCCGCCCGAUCGGCGCUCUCGCCUCUUUCAGCGACGAGGACGACGACGACCUGGCGCUCGAGGAUUCGGACGAGGAACUGGAUGCAGACGAGGUGUACGAGAUGGGCACCUGGAACUUGCACGAAGACGCCAGGCGUGACGACAUUCUGAUGGCACGCCAAGGAACGGCCCUUCCUCCCGCCAGCAGCAAUGACACUUCGGCUUCGCGUCAUCAGCGCGAAACAAGCUCGGACGUACCGCAGGUGUGGCCGACGUCGGCUGCCACAGUCGCGCCAACACCGUUUAUGCCGUCCAGGAAACAGCCGUCUCAGCAGAACACGCCUCCCCAAUCGCGCAGCCGACAGAACCACGAUCAGGACGCCGGUACGGAUAGCGGAGAAGACGCAGCUCGCGCUCCGGGCAUGUCGGCCUUCCAGACGCCUCAGCACUCUCCACGAGAGCUGAGAAACGAUGGCGCUACAGACCUAUCGCAGUUACGAGAUGCGCUCCCUGCUCGUGCCAAGCUUGCUGCUCAGCCGGCUUCGAGAGUGCCUCAACGUCGCAGAUCGGACGAGUCGACGGGGGCAAGCGCACCGACAGGCAAGAAGAGGCGCAAGGUGGUUGUUCGCGACGCUGCCUACGCGACGUACAAGGCGCUGCUCUACUACCUCUACACCGAUACCGUCGCAUUUGCGCCUCUGCACUCGCAUUUCUACGCGCAGUCUGCCGCGUCGACAGAGGACGUGGAUGUUCCCGACGACACAUUAGACUCGUUCGGCGCACCUCUGAACAAGCCCGACCGGGCCAGCAGUGCGUCGGACGCUUGCGCCAGCUCCGAGAGCGGCGAUGUGUCGUCGCGCGCACCAUCGACAGCGACGGGCAACAGCUUUGCCAAGGACCGCCGUCGCGCACACGUGCUUCGCCAGCAGGUGAUUGACGAGUACUGCUCGACGCACGUCCACGUCCCCGCACCUUGCUCGGCAAAGUCGAUGUACCGGCUGGCAGACAAGCUGCAGAUCCCCGAGCUCAAGGAUCGCGCACAGAAGGAGCUCGCCAAGAACCUGUCGGUGGACAACAUCGUGUGGGAGGCCUUCUCGGGCUUCAACUCGCAGUUCCCCGCCAUCCGAAAGAUGGAGACCGACUUCCUGCUCAAGCACUGGUCCGAGGUCAAGGGCACCGAGGUGAUGAAGAGCAUCUUUGCCCGACCCACCGCGCAUCCAGGUCUCGCCGAUGUCUGGCCGCACCUGCUCAGCCAGCUCGAGUUCCGCGGCGGCAGCAGCGGCGGCAAGAACGACGACAAGUCGCCCCGUCCCUGA